CCCAUAAAUUCCUGCGUGCAAGGUGCGCUGUCUUCCUCGCUUUUCAUUUCCUCUCUCUCCGCGGAAUUCUAGAGAGAGAAAACAAGACCGGAACUCCCAUCCUCCCCCUUUCCAUCUUCUCUCUGCAACUAUUACAGCUUAAUUUCAAUUUUAGGAUUUCAUCACAAUUUCAGCUCCUCGCUCAUCCCCCCCCCCCCUCUCUCUCUCUCCUCUGUGUCUCUCUCUACCCGCAAGUAUCAACUGCCACCCCUCUGAGAUACGGUGGGUCUUCGACGCCCUCUUUGCCUCCUGAUAUUGGGUCAAUUCGAUCAGGUUUAAACGGCGGGAAAGAUCUAAAGUUCACAUAUUAUUGUUGUAGCAUUGCUAUUCUUUCAGUCCUCGAAAUAAAGUGAAGUGUGUUUCAGCUUAAUACAAUUUUGCAUUCAAGUUACAAUGAAGAAGGCGUUUGAUCAAACGGUCCGGGACAUCAAGAGAGGGGUGAAUAAAAAAGUUCUAAAAGUUCCUGGAAUAGAGCAGAAGGUUCUUGACGCAACUAGUAAUGAACCCUGGGGUCCUCACGGAUCACAUCUUGCUGAUAUUGCACAGGCUAGCAGAAACUAUCAUGAGUAUCAGAUGAUCAUGGCAGUUAUCUGGAAGCGUAUUAAUGAUACUGGCAAGAAUUGGCGUCAUGUGUACAAGGCUUUAACUGUUUUGGAAUACUUGGUAGCCCAUGGAUCAGAGCGUGUCAUAGAUGAGAUCAAGGAGCAUGCAUACCAAAUAUCAACAUUGUCUGAUUUUCAAUAUAUUGACUCCAGUGGAAGGGAUCAAGGAAGCAAUGUCAGAAAGAAAUCUCAAAGUCUUGUAAUUCUAGUUAAUGAUAAAGAAAGGAUACAAGAAGUCCGACAAAAAGCUGCUGCUAACAGGGACAAGUUUCGCAACACUGCAUCAGCCGGUGGUAUGUAUAGGCCGGGUUCUGGAGGAUAUGAUGAUGAUCGUUAUGGAAGCAGAGAUGAAGAUCGGAAUGGUUAUGGGAAAGAAAGAGAAUGGGGCAAUAGGGAUGAUGACCGAUAUGGUAGAUAUGGUGAUGGAGAUCGUUAUAGCAGAGAUUCUGAAGAACGCUAUGGUUAUAAUGAUGAUAUGCGUGGAAGAAGUCAAACCAUUGAUGAUUACCAGUAUGGCUCGAGAAGUAGAAGCUCUGAUAGAGAUAGGGACCGUGCUUAUGAAGAUGAUGGUCAGUAUUCAUCUAGAGGAAGUGGUGCAAAACCUGAUGAUCAGUCUCAGGAUGGGAGGCGGCUUGAAAGGAAAUUUUCUGAACAAAAUCUUGGUGGUCCUCCUAGUUAUGAAGAAGCUGUAGGUGAUGCUCAUAGCCCUGUUCGCAAUGAAAGGGAUGGAGAAACUUCUGCAGCAUCGGCUUCCAAAACAUCUUCUCCUACAGCAAACGAAAAUCUAAAUCAAGCAACAACUACUCCUAGCACUUCUGUGGCUUCAGCUCCUGCUCCUGCUCCUGCUCCUGCUCCUGCAAACAAGGAAGUUGAUGGCUUUGAUGAAUUUGAUCCACGUGGUUCAUUUUCAGCUGGCCCAACUACCUCAAAUGGUGCUGAGAUGGACUUGCUUGGUUCUCUGUCAGAAUCAUUUUCUUCCAACUCAUUGGCUAUUAUACCAGUUACAUCUGCAACCACAACUUCCGAAGCUGAUGCUGCUCCAAGCUUUGGAUCUGGACCAACAUUUUUAGCAACCCCAUCAGUAUCCACUGUCUCAAAUCAGCCUUUCGAAGAUCCAUUUGGCGAUGGUCCUUUCAAAGCUAUUCCUUCUUCAAAUGGUGUUUCAGCACAACCACAGAAUGUUGGUGCCGUGUCUUCCUUUCUUCCUGGCACAAAUCAAAGUUUUGAAACACCCCAACCGGUUGCUCAAAAGGUGGACACAGUCAAUAAUAUUAACUUUGGAGAGACACUUUCUGGUGUAACGUACACCUCAUCCGAUGUCUCCAUUGUUCAAGCUCCUUCAACAAACCCACAAUUUUCACCUCAAGAUUUGUCAGUUUACGACCAGAACACUGAUAUUUUGGCAGAUAUUCUCCCACCUUCUGGACCUUCCUCAGCCUCACAGUCCAGUUUUCCUGCUCCAACUGGCCAACCUGUGUCAUAUGGGUUUCAUGCUCCAACUGGCCAGCCUGCAUCACAGCCGGGUUUUCCUGCUCCAACCGGACAACCUGCAUCACAGAUGGGUUUUUCAGCUCAAAAUGCGCAACCUUUGUCCCUGGCUGGUUUUCCAGCUCAAUCUGGCCAAGCUGUAUCUCAGAGUGGCUUUCCUCCUCAAACCGGUCAUCCUGCAUCAAUGGCAGGUUUUACACCUCUAACUGGCCAACCUCCACCGCAGGCGGGUUUUCCAGCUCAAAACGGCCAACCUUCAUCCCUGACAGGUUUUCCCAGUCAAGUUGGUCCUGCAUCACAGACUGGUUUUCCCACCCUCAAUGGCCAACCUACACAGCCAAGUGCUAGUUCCUAUGGGAGCUUCCACCCACAGUCUGGUUCUACAGCUCCAGUUGCUCCACACAUGGCUUAUCAAACUCCAGCUGGACCAGCUAUGCAGCAGAACCCUGCGAAUAUCUUUCCACAGUCAGGGUUUGCAUCCACAGCAGGUUCACAGGCUCUUCAAACUCCCACUAGACCAGUUUCACAGAAUAACAGUGAGUUUCUGGGUAACUUACUUCCACAAGCACAACCUACCACUUCUAUGGCAACACAGCCAGCUCCCUCGGCUUCAGCAGGAGCACUCGCUAUAGUUCCUCAACCAGAGAAGAACAAGUUUGAGACAAAGUCUACAGUUUGGGCUGAUACUCUGAGCAGAGGACUAGUAGAUUUGAAUAUAUCUGGAGCUAAAAUAAAUCCAUUGUCGGAUAUUGGAAUUGAUUUUGAUGCCAUAAAUCGGAAGGAGAAGAGGAUGGAAAAACCUUCUGCAGCUCCUGUGACAUCUACUAUUAACAUGGGUAAAGCUAUGGGAUCUGGUUCUGGGAUCGGCCGAGCUGGUGCAGGUGCCCUGAGGGCACCGCCAAACGCUAUGAUGGGUUCUGGUAUAGGCAUGGGUAUGGGCGGUGGACCUGGUGCAGGCAUGGGCAUGGGACCUGGUGCUGGCAUGGGCAUGGGCGGCGGACCUGGUGCAGGCAUGGGUAUGGGCAUGGGCGGCGGACCUGGUGCGGGCAUGGCCAUGGGUGGCGGACCUGGUUUAGGCAUGGGCAUGGGAGGCGGACCUGGUUUAGGCAUGGGCAUGGGAGGCUAUGGAGGGGUAAAUCAACCAAUGGGUAUGGGAAUUGGAAUGAACAUGCCUGUGAACAAUGGCAUGGGAAUGAACAUGGGUAUGGGGCAAGGCGUUCGAAUGCAGCAACCAACUGGAUUCCCUCCUGGAUCUACUAUGGCUGGUGGUUAUAAUCCCAUGAUGGGAACGGGUGGUUAUGCUCAACAACCAUAUGGUGGUGGCUAUCGAUAAGAUAGGGUCAUGUCCUUGCACUAGAAUUGGGAAAGGUAGCUUGUCGUGUCACGAGGUAAAGAAAUUGGUCCGUGCUUCUGGUGUUACUUUAAAAUCCCUCGGUGAUGCACAGUUCCUGGUCUUGUCUCUAUUCGAUGCUUUUUUCCGAUCAUCAGCUGCAAUUUUCUGGAAAGUGGCUUGUAGCUUUGUGUAUUCAUUCUCCUGAUUUGUUUACUGUUGCUGUGUCCUCGACCCCAUGGUCUCACUGUUGUGAAUUUGUAUACCAUUGAGGACAACCUAUCUCGGUUGUCUUUUUUCUUAUUUUUAUAUAAAUCUUUUUGCGAGUUGUACGAGAUUUAAAGCUUGGUAAGCCUACAUUGUGAACAAUAAAUCGGUUUAUUCCAUUUUUCUACAAUUAAAUUGUCCGUGUUUCAUGUAA